UGCCGAACCGAAGACGAUGACGACUCGAGCAGCUCGUCGAUGCUCUAUAUUCCCGAGUAUAAAUCACUGCGUCAACUUCCUGCGCAGCACCUGUGCUCGAUGAAUACACACGAGGAAGUGGUAGACCGGAAGACAAUAUCAACAUCAAUUGACCCAGACGCGCGGUUUCAGUAUCACGAGGAGAGGCUCACCGCAGCCGCCAUCACACGCAGACCUGUCACUAAUGAUCGAAGGCUUGCUUGAGCACGGUCUAUUGACGACGGGUGAGGCGAUCGUGUUUGUGAGGCUUGACUGGCGCGAGUCCGAGACGCUUUCCUUUCAUUUAGCGGAGCCUUCUGCAGAGGUGGAAGCCUACGUCAAGCAUGCCGACUUUCGUACGGCAGCUGCUCAAUACUUGGCCUCUAGUUUGAUUGCUCUCGGCGUACCAGGUGAGAGGCAUGAGUGCCGCCAUCCCCAUAGCAUGAGCAACCCAGCACAACUUUACGGUACGAAACGCCCCCUCCCGCAGACAGCCGGAAUACAAGCGUGAAGCUUUGGGCGAGUACUGGCAAGGCUCGACAUCACUUCUUAGAAUGCAGGUAGAUGGCUUUAAAUUCCUGAAGGUGCAAGUGAACCGCUGUGUUUCAAAGCGCUCCCUGUCAACUCCAGAGCUCGCCCUUUAGCUUUUCCGGAACAGCCUCUUUCGCAACAUAUGAAGGGUACACUUUAAUAUUUGACGUCUUUAUGGCUUUCUCAUA